CGCAAGGUUUCGACGACGUCGGUAUGAAAUAGCAGAAACUGUUUGUGUCACGGAAGCUCAAAGAUUAGGUUACGUAGUACACAUGUACUUUGCAGAUCCAGGCCUGCCAGUGGAAGGAAACGCAGUGGAUUCAGAGGUUGUCUUACUAAGAAGAAAAUAAUAUAAGAUAUUCAAACAUUCUGCUGCAAAUUUAAACGGAAGAUCAGAAACCGCGGUUUGACAGUUUUGGAAUUACUAACGGGUUCUUUUGGAGUGAGGUCUUGAGACAGAAGUUCCACUUGGAUGCCCAAAAUACACACUUUGUCCAGAUUUCAUCAUGAAUCGGAAUAAGCGUGAAAAGGAGUUUUACAGUUUAGACGUUGGUGAUUCCACUUUUACGGUUUUGAAGCGCUACCAGAAUUUAAGACCCAUAGGUUCCGGAGCACAGGGAAUUGUCUGCUCAGCAUAUGACCACAACCUUGAACGAAAUGUUGCAAUAAAAAAACUCAGCCGGCCUUUCCAGAACCAGACCCAUGCCAAAAGAGCUUACAGAGAACUGGUGCUCAUGAAAUGUGUCAACCAUAAGAACAUUAUUGGCUUAUUAAAUGUAUUCACGUCACAGAAGACACUGGAGGAGUUUCAAGAUGUUUAUAUUGUGAUGGAGCUGAUGGAUGCCAACCUGUGCCAGGUGAUUCAGAUGGAGCUGGACCACGAGCGGCUGUCCUAUCUGCUCUACCAGAUGCUGUGUGGCAUCAAACACCUUCAUGCCGCGGGCAUCAUACACAGGGAUCUGAAACCCAGCAACAUCGUGGUAAAGUCGGACUGCACACUGAAGAUCCUGGACUUCGGAUUGGCCAGGACAGCGGCCACGGGCCUCCUGAUGACCCCGUAUGUGGUGACCCGCUACUAUCGCGCCCCUGAAGUCAUCUUGGGCAUGGGUUACCAGGCCAACGUGGAUAUAUGGGCUGUUGGCUGCAUUAUGGCAGAAAUGGUUCGCCACAAAAUCCUUUUUCCAGGAAAGGAUUAUAUUGAUCAGUGGAGCAAGGUGAUCGAGCAGCUGGGGACUCCCAGUCAGGAGUUCCUGAUGAAGCUCAACCAGUCGGUGAGGACCUACGUGGAGAACAGACCACGCUAUGUCGGCUACACUUUUGAGAAGCUCUUCCCCGACGUCCUCUUCCCAGCCGACUCGGAGCACAAUAAACUGAAAGCAAGUCAAGCCAGAGACCUAUUAUCAAAGAUGUUGGUAAUAGAUGCCUCCAAACGGAUCUCUGUGAGCGAGGCUCUCCAGCACCCCUACAUCAACGUGUGGUAUGAUCCAACUGAAGUGGAGGCGCCCCCACCGUUGAUCACCGACAAGCAGCUGGAUGAGAGGGAACACACAGUGGACGAGUGGAAAGAUUUGAUAUACAUGGAGGUCCAGGACUGGGAGGAGAGAACGAAGAAUGGAGUGAUCCGGGGACAGCCAGCGUCUUUAGGUGCAGCAGUGAGCAGCGGCCCCCAGCAGUACCCUUCUACAUCGUCCUCGUCAGUCAACGAUGUGUCCACCGACCCCACCCUGGCUUCCGACACGGACAGCAGCCUGGAGACAGCCUCUAACACGGACCCGCUGGGCUGCUGCAGAUGACUAUCACCCUGCCCUGGGCCCUGUCCCACUGGUCCCGCCACUUGUCUUCAAUGGUGUAGAGUUUAGGCCAGUUUCACUGUUUAAAAAAUAUAUAAUUUUCCCCGAAAACUACUGCUACAGAGUUAUUUGAGUUAUUAGAUUUUAGAUUUUUGAGUCCAGGCUGUAAUGUAUUUUUUUAAACCUGAGAUCGUUAUGAUUUCACUAUGCUGUGGUUUCGACCGAUGGUGAGAAUUUGAGAACAUUUGUAAAAGCUUUAUAAAAGCUUUUUUUGUGUGUUUUUAGUUUCAUCAACUUUUAUUUCAAGAUACUGCUAUUUCAACUGGCCAUAUCGAUGUAGAAUGAGUUUGUACAGAUUUUAUGGUAAAUAUAUAUUUUCAAUUUGAGUUUGCAGUAAGCCAUUUCAACCAUAUAAUUUUAGUACUCCCCUUCAGAAUAGUAAUAUUACUUUGCCUAUUUUAUCUUUUUCAUAUGGGAUUUUGUGUUUAAUGCAUAUAUCCAUUGGGUUGAAUUUCGAGAAACUUUAGAACUGUUUUCCUCUUGUGAGUCACUACUUCCUUGUAAAAAAAAUCCAAGUUGAUAUAACAGCUUUAUUUUUUUAAAUCUUUGUUUUUUAUUAGUUUAGUCUUAAAAUAUCUCAAAAUGCUGUUUGAUUCCUGAACCAUUUUCCGUUUUGGUAAGAGAAGACAUUUUGUGUUUCUUUUUUUCAGUAAAAUGUUUGCCUGAAUUUUCUUUUGAGAUUUUAUGGGUAUUCCAGUAUAUGAUCAAAAUAAUGCAGAUAGGUCCAGAAAGGAAACUAAGGAGCUUUUGAUCAUUUUCUUUAUUUGUCAGAGAGCUGAAGGCACUGCUUUGUCUGCUCUGGUCAGUUAUUCUUAAGUGAUUAUUUUCUCCAGGUGGCUCUUGCUUUGACAGUGGGGUUAUGUUAAACACUAGGACUGAAACAUGUGGCAGUGGCACUAUUGUAUGGGCGUAUGCUGAGAAGCUUUGUGAGAAAUGGGAUGUGACUAGUUAGAACACAUGACUUGUGAGGAGUCCUAUGAAGAAUGUGCUUUGAUUCAGUCCAACCAUGCAUGUAGAGAGGGUUUGUGUAUGUGGUGACGUUGGUUGUCUUUGGAGGGAUGGAGAUUUUGCAGGCUGCAAGCGCAGAAACAAACAAUCUAAAAAAAAUUGGAUCAAAUUUUAUUCAUGUAAUAUAAAUAUACCUUAGUGAUUUUGUUUUUGCGGUCACCAACGUGCAACGUAUUGAAAAGUUCUAAUUGGGAAAAUAAUGAGUUUACAAUAUGUAAGUAAUAAGCUGAAUCUCAGAGAAGGUAUUGGCUAAGCCCUUUGCAGAAGGUGUAUGCAUGUGUGCACUAAAUCUAUUUCACACUAAGCUUAGUACAGUACAUCACAAAAUGGUUACAGAACCACCACGAAAUCCAAGUUAAUCAAUGAUUCUGAACUGUAUGCAAUAAUAAUGUCCCUCCAGUGUAUAUAUAUAUUUUUUGCUUUUAAAAGGAAAAAGUGCCUGUAGUUUGUCAAGCAUUCAUUCCUGAGUAUCUAGGAAGAGGAGUCGUAGUCAUGGUGUGUAUAGGUUAUUAACGGUUUCUGAUAAUGACUAUAGUAGUUUCCACAAAUAAGUCAAUCACAUUUGAGGCGGUUAUCACAAAUGUAUUGUAUAUUUUUCUACGGCAUUGGUAUGACCCAAAAGUUGGAGACUAUGUUCUGUAAAGAGGAUGAUGUAUGCUUUGGAAUAUUUUAGCACAUAAUAUACGUUUGAAAUAGUUUCCGAAAGGGGCAGUUUUAUGUAGGUCUUUCAUCAAAGUAAAAUACUUUAAAAAUAUAUAACAAUCACUGGUAGGCAUGUAUGGUUUGCAUAAUGAGAAUGUGUUUGAUGAUUUUUAGGAGGGACGUUUCUUGCCUAAUUUCCUCUAUUUAUAUUAAACCAAAUGUAUUUGCGCUGAAUGUUUACUAUGGCUGUGGCAGUGUAGAUGUUAUGUGGUGGUGUUGAAGAAUUCCUGUCCUAAAUGAUGGAGUCAUUUCAGAAUGUAAAAUGUAAUCUAGUGGAUCAUUUGGCAACAUGACGUGUUGUGGAAGGGGAAGGUAUGCAGAAUAACAGCCAAUGAUAUCUAUCCAUUAUUUAGGAGCUGUGUUAUAUAACACAAGAAGAUAAUUAAUCAAGAAAAAAGUCAGACUUUCUUUUGUUAUUUUAAGUGGUCUUAAUUUUGUUAGCCCAGCAUUAUUGGGGACACAUUUGGAAUUUGUAGACUUUCUUUUGCUUUUGCAUCACAUCUCUCAAAAAAAAAGUAUCAUCAUGAUUUUAAGUAGGCUUUGAUGAACUACCUCACUAAAUUUCGAUAAGUUCUUGGAUACUUAGUUGCCCACAUGAUUAGCUAUUGAAGACAUGUGAAUACAGAUUCCAUUUAUUUAUUUGAAAGUGUACUAUUGUCAAUGUUAGGAAUCUUCUAGUUUUGUACAUUAUGAAUACUUCACCUACAAGUAAAGAUAAUUGUUUAUGUACAUUUCCUUUAAAACAAUUUUUUUUAAAUUAUUUUUUUUACAGUUCAUGUGCAAUACCUUCCGCAAAUUGUGCUAGGCGUAAACUAAGUGAUGGAUCUAGCCCAUGUUAGUUUGUAUGUUUCUGAAGGUAGAGAAAUGUUUGGUACUGUCAGUCCAUGUUUUCAGUUUUUAUGAAUUAGGAUGAUUCUCUACGACUUUAAUCUAGUCAUGAUGUUACAUAAUCGGUCCUAUUCCAGUCCAAUCUGUGGCCAGAGGGAGCAGAGAGAGGGGAGUACAUCAUGCAUGGCCAAUAGAUUUUGAUUGGUAAGGCCAAAUAAUUAUAAAUAAAAUUACAAAGAUAAGUAAUGCCUAAAAACAAAGUCAUAUGUAUGGUGCUGGUUUGUUAUGUUUGCUAGUGAAGCCAGCCAUGCAAGUAGUUAAUAAUUCCUGGCUCUGUGCGUCUCGGACCGCAGGCAAUGAAAAGUGCACUACUAGAAUAAAUGCAUUGGGAUCUGAUGAUGCCCCCCAAAAAUAAAAAACAUGUACUGCAAAUAAAAUAAACACAAUUUGAGUCA